UGGAAUUGUGCCCCAUCGUUGGUGUCAGUGGGGGAGGGAAUAGUGCCCCCAUCGUUGGUGUCAGUGGGGGGAGGGAAUAGUGCCCGCCAUCCGUUGGUGGUCAGGGGGGGAGGAAUAGUUGCCCCAUCGUUGGUGUCAAGUGGGGGGAGGAAUAUUUGCCCCAUCGUUGGUGUCAGGGAGGGGAGGAAUAGCUGCCCUCCAUCGUUGGUGUCAUGGGGGGGAGGAAUAGUGCCCCAUCAUCGUUGGUGUCAGUGGGGGGAGGAAUAGUGCCCCAUCGUUGGUGUCAGUGGGGGUAGGAAUAGUGCCACCCAUCCGUUUUGGUGUCAUGGGGGGGAGGAAAAGUGCCCCACGUUCGUUGGUGGGUGGUCAGUGGGGUAGGAGGAAUAGGGGGGGAUCGUUGGUGUCAGGGGUGGGGGAGGAAUAGUGCCACCAUCGUUGGUGUCAGUGGGGGGGGGGGGGGGGAGUAUAAGUGGCCCCAUCGUUGGUGUCAGUGGGGGAAGAUAUUCCCCAUCGUUGUGUCAGUGGGGGAGGAGUAGGCACAGUCA